AAUGCUAGUUCAGUAACUACUUCGACAUACUGCGACAUACGACAUAUUAAAAACAAAGUGGUUCUUUCCGAAACCGCUAAAUUUCUUCCAAACAAGCCCAUAUUUUAUCAACUCACCCAAUUGUUUUCCCUCCCGCCUCAAGUCUAGGAAAUUUGCCCAAAUGGGCUAGCAACAUUGCACAUUAAAGACUUUCCGGCGACGAAGAAGAACAGGCCGAGCUGCCUAGCGACCAGCGGACCAAUGGGCGAACGGCGUCGCGUCGCAGCUAGUUAGCUCGCCAAGCUAACCUACACAAAUUGAAAUUAUGUUAGAUAAAACGAGCGAUUAAAUGCCGCCCAAGGCAAGGGGACCGCUGCAGUUGGUCCACAGGGAGGUGGACAACAUACGAGGGCAGCUCCAAAGUCUGUUGAAAGAUGUUCAGAAUAAGGUGGAAAGUAAAGAAGAGUCCUUUCGAAGAUGCACAGAACUCAAGAUAUCCGCAGAGAAAACACUAAAGCACCUGACAAAAUUGACUAAGGCUGAUGAGAUUGCUCCUGUGGGACACUACGACCAGAGGAAACUAGAGGAAGUAGGACGACUGCGCAACAUCCUGGAGCAGCUGAACAACCUGUCUGACAAGCUCUCACCACCUGGAACCAGCGCCGAGCCAGAUCCAGGUGACAGCGAGAAAGAAGAUAGCGAAGAAGAAACCGAAGAGAGCGAUGAGGACGACAGCGACGAAGCUGCUAAUGAUGAGAAUCAAAAGAACCAAAGCCAAGCGGUGAACGCGCCUCGGGAAUCGGAGCCUUGCAUCUACACGGCACUUAGCGAUUUCAAAGGAGACCAGGAAGGAGAUUUGACGAUCCAGCUGGGUGAAACAUUAAAGAUCAUCAGAAAGACAAGCGAUGGCUGGUGGCUUGCUGAGAACACCAAGGGCGAAAGAGGAGUGGUGCCAAGAACGUACCUGAAGAUUGGUUCAAACCUCAAUGACGGCAAGGACGAGGACGAUGAAGAAGAAGAAUCCGAUGAGACCGAGGAGGAGAAAGAGGAGUCCGACGAGCUGAGCAACAACGAUGAUGACAAACAAAGUUGUGCUCCCAAGACCAACUGGUCCACGUUCAGAAAAGCUCUCACUGAGAUUGACGCUACGGACGUCCUCUCUGCCAUGGGCGCCAUUCCUUCCGGAUUUAGGCCUUCAACUCUCAGUAAACUGCUUGAGGAAGAAGGCGACAAAUACAAAGGAAGUCGGUACAUGCAGCCGGAGCUCAGCCAAUCGCAGCUCUCCUUCAGCGACCUCUUCUUAGACCCCGACACUGGCAAGCUCAUUCCACCGAGGUUGCGGUCCUCCUCCCAGGUGCGUUCCCGCCAAACCCGGACAUGUGUUUGCUUCACCCUGUGGAGUUGUAAGAAGAUCCCUAAACCCGGUGUCGCCCUCCAAGUCCUAAGCAGACACAUUCGCCUUUGCGCCUUCGAUGGAAUCCGGGUGCUCAGCAACAUCCACACAGUGAGGGCAACCUACUCCAGCAAGAAACCCAGGGUUUGGCUUUUCUCCCCACGGACAUCCGGCGUCACGCCCUCCCUGCUGGACGGCGACUGCUUCCUGCGCUGCGACACCGACAACCCUGGCCUCGGUAUCCUCUUUGAGCUCGGCGUCACCUUCAUACGCAACUCCACGGGUGAACGAGGAGAUCUGAGCUGCGGUUGGGCUUUCUUUAAGCUAAGCGAUGACGCUGGAAAUCCCGUCCCUAACAGAACCUACGAAAUCCCAGUGUGUGGCGGCACUCCUUACGAGACGAACGUCGACGUGGAGGGCGCCCCUUCUCCACCGUCGACGGCGGGAAAAUUCUACCAAAUGCUGAAAGCGCAGCGGCAGCCGAAACUCAUCGUCAAAUUCAAGACACCUAACAGUCGCCUUAAAACGCAACUAAGCCUCCUGCCUGACACUCUCGUACACUGUCUCAACUGCAUUCCUUUGCUAGCUAUGUACCGUCAGCUUCUAGCUGACGCGCUACUGGUGGACCGGCCCACCAUGCAAAACGCAGAUUUGAUAUUCAAUCCGGUUCUCGCCGCUUUCCCGGCUCUCGUGGAUCAACCCGACAUGCUGGAUGCUGUCAGGACUGCUUGGAUGGACGCGCACAGCACCAUGAAGUGGUCACAAAAGAGAGAAGAGGCUCAGGUGAAGGAGAAGUUCACCCAGACGUUCCUUUCGUCGGUGUCGCUCCUGCUAUACUCUUCUUCUAUGCCGCCAUACCGCUGGGCUGACGCGUCGUCGGAGGAGCGGCGGUCCCGCCUCAUCUCCUCCACGCUGGAGGCGCUCAAGAAGGCCCGCGGAAAAACGGGGAGUCUGGAAGCACUGACCGACCCCGCCGCCACUCACGUGGCUUUCGACAUCUCAGAGAUGACCUUUGACCUCUUGCGUGAGGCUAGAUAGGACGCCACUGUUCAGAAAAAAAAGUUCCAAAAAGUGAGAUUUAUUUUUGUAAUAUUUGUAUUCAGAUGUAAAGUAGUGAGUUGAUUAAUAUUAACUCAUUCACUCCCAGCCAUUUCCACUGGGGCAACCCCCUUCGCUCCCGGCCGUUUUACUGGAUUUUGACUGAUUUUGCAAGGCCCACAGAAAAUUCUGUUUUAUUGUUAUAUAAACAUGGAACCUACCAAAAGAAAGAUUAGACUCUGUUCUUUCAGCAGGAAAAAAGUAACUUCAUAUCUUUUUCCAUUCUUUAGAAAUCUGCAUUAGAAAACAGCUUAGUUUGAGCAAUUUUCCAAUUUCUGAUGAAAAAACAGAGAAAUUGACCUUUUUGUGAAAGCAUACAUUUCAAACAUAACUUUGACUUUAACACAGCUAUUUUUUUGCUUUAGUUACAUCCCAAACAUCUGAAUAAUGUUUUCCUUUAACAAAAUAACAUAAAGAGAUAAAUGGAGCUUUUGAUAGCAAAGUAACAAUUUAUUUACGCAUAACUCACUGAGAGUUCACGCUGUUGUGGCUGCGACAGACGCAUAAACUUUUCCCUCAUCGCCGCCUGUCUCAUAAAGAUGGAUUUUUUUUAGUCUCUGCGGGGACUCAACAGCAUCGUCCGCUGCACUGGUGGUCCCGGUCAUUCUGCUCGGUCGUCCAGCGCCUGGUAUCCCGGGCGUCCUCUAGGUUGUUCUCCAUUCGGUCAUCUUCCGCCGGCGCCCCGGCCAUUCGUUGCCGUUGAAACAGGUUGCAGGCUUUACCAAAUGCGCUACUGCCCUCCAGUGGCCAGUUUUAUUGCCUUAAAAUUGAUUUUCAGCUUUGUGCUUUGGAGCUAAAUUGAAUCAGAACCCAGAGAUGUCUCUUGUAAAAAAAAUAAAAAUAAAUUAAAAAAAAGGAAAAGACGUAGAAAUACGUCUUUGGGACACUGAAACAAUUAAAAAUAGAAUGUUUUUACCGGUAUACGUUUUUGGGAGCAAAUGAGUUAAAAGAAUAAUUAGACUUUUUUUUUUCUUAUUCUGCCAUUUAAACCCAUAUUUUGUCAUACAAAUACAUGUUACAUUUCAAUAAUUUCAUUGAACUGGUGUAUAUUCUAUAAAUAUAUCAUAUGUAGACCCCAAUCACCAACGUCACACAAUCACGUGAUCGCUGUAUUGUGCCGCCAUAUUGUCCGUCAAUGAGUGUCCGUAUUGUCAAUGAUUGUAGUUUCUAAA